AUGGGGUUUCAAGAAUUCGUGAAUUCCGUUGACUGGGAAGAAGAAUCCUACCCUGAAUAUAGAGAUUUCGCAGUGCUUCCGAUUUUCGCCAUCUUUUUCACUACAGUUCGGUUUUUACUUGACAGAUUUGUAUUUGAGAAAUUGGGCAGACGGAUAAUAUUUGGCAAGGGAAUGCAAGUGGUGGAAAAUGAGACAGCUGAGCGAAAAAAGAAGAUACAAAAAUUCAAGGAGUCAGCAUGGAAAUGUGUUUUCUUUCUUUCAGCUGAGAUUUUAGCACUUCUUGUAACAUACAAUGAACCUUGGUUCGGAAACACAAAAUACUUUUGGGUAGGGCCAGGAAAUCAGGCCUGGCCUGACCAGAAAUAUAAGUUGAAACUGAAAGGCCUGUAUAUGUAUGACGGUGGAUUCUACAUGUACUCCAUAUUUGCUCUUAUAUUUUGGGAAACCAGGCGGUCCGACUUUGGGGUUUCUAUGGCUCAUCACGUUGUAACUUUUAUCCUAAUCGUGCUUUCUUAUAUAUCCAGGUUUGCACGUGUUGGUUCAGUUGUUUUAGCUCUUCAUGAUGCUAGUGAUGUACUUCUGGAAGUAGGAAAGAUGUCCAAAUAUGGUGGCGCAGAAACACUGGCUAGCUUUUCAUUUAUUCUUUUUGUCCUGUCUUGGGUCCUUCUUCGUCUCAUUUACUAUCCGUUUUGGGUCCUCUGGAGCACAAGCUACGAAGUUAUUCUGACCUUGGAUAAGGAGAACCACAGACUGGAUGGACCAAUCUACUACUACAUCUUCAAUUUUCUUCUUUUCUCCUUGCUUGUUCUCCAUGUCUACUGGUGGGUGCUGAUGUAUCGAAUGCUUGUCAAACAAAUCCAAGCUAGAGGCCACGUCAGUGAAGAUGUUCGAUCUGAUUCUGAAGAUGAAGAUCAGCAUGAAGAUUGA